AUGGUUAAGGAGUACAAGAAAGUCAGUUUUCCUAACAUGAUUUUUCGUUUAAAAUCGAUAUCUUCCUUGGUUAGGAAGAAAAAUAUCGAUGAGAAGAUGCUCAUAGAUGUGAUUGGAAGGGUCACUAAAAUCUAUUUUCCUGUGGGGAGGGUUGUAGCAGGACAAAGAGCUAGGCUUAUUGAUUUUGUUCUGGAAGAUAUCAAUGAAGAUCAGAUUCAAUGUACUCUUUGGGGGGAUCAAGUGGACAGUUUGCUGCCUAUUUAUAGCUCAACAGUCACUGAAGAACCAUGGCAUUAUCCUGAAAUUCUAUAUUCUUUAUUCCCAUAUGGAGAUGUGCACAUAUCAACUUCAUUUAAUGCCACAAAAAUUUGGAUAAAUCAGAGAAUGCCAGAUUUUGAGGAGUUCAAGAAAAGGUUAAGUCUGUCAUCUAACAUAACUCCUUUAAGAAAGUUGGACUCAAGCUCUAGAUUGACUGGAUUUAGGCCAAAUUGUAACAUUCUAAGUGAUGAUAUUGUGGUAACUUCUCUAAGUGAGAUUUAUAAGAGGAAGGAGCUCUAUGAGUAUUGGGUGGCUGUUAAGAUUAUGGAUGUUGACAGUUCAGAUGGUUGGUAUUACAAGUUCUGUAAGCGAACUAACUGUGGGAAAAAAGCUAACUCCAAGAGAAGUACAUGUGAAACAACUAUGCUCAUUUGGAAUAAGGAAUGCUAUGACUUGGUUGGUGUUUCAGCUUCAACUCUAAGAGAGAAGUAUGUUGAGAAUGCAAAAGGUUGGAUCUCACCUGAGUUGCAGUCUAUUUGUGAGAUGCCUAUACUAUUUAGGAUUUCUAUGAAGAAAGAUCAAGUGGACAGUCUGAUCUCUGCAUUUGGGGUGUUAGGGUUCUACUGUGAUGUAGAUGCAACAGAACAAACUCAUGAGGAUUCAUUUGGCCUUGAUGAAUUUGGUGAUUUUGAAAUGGUUGGGUUUGACGAGGGGGGUUCAUCUGGAAAUGUUGCAAGCACGCUGAAGAGGUCUCUAAUGGAUGAAUUCAAUCAUUCUAAUGACUCUAAACGACUUGAAGUUGGAAAAAAUGUAAUGUGA